UCGUCUCCUUUGCCUCCACAUCUCCAUCUUCUUCAAGUUCCAUAUAGACCCAUCCAAACCAACCCACCCACCCCCAACAAUCAAAAUGUCUGCCGCUUUCGAGAAGGCCGUUGCCGAUUCCAAGAAGCUUACUUCCAAGCCUUCCAACGAGGAUCUCCUCGAGAUCUAUGCUCUCUACAAGGUCGCCACCGGCGCCGACUUCUCCAAGGCUGACAAGCCCGGCAUGUUCGACCUGAAGGGCAAGGCCAAGUACAACGCCUGGCAGAAGGUUGUCGACGAUGGCCUCUCGGCCGAGGAGGCCCAGACCAAGUACGUCGCCAAGGUCGAGGAGAUGAAGACCCAGUACGGCUACGACGAGAACAAGGCCCCCGAGGCUGUUGGCUCCAACUAAGGAGUUUAGAUACCCCGUUGAGCUUAUAAUAUAAUGCCCUUUACAAAGACCGAAGAGUGUCCAAGGCCAUGUUUCCACGCG